AUGGAUAACUUGGAACGACUGAAGAAGAUGCGAGCUUCCAGCCGAGCGACUGUGACGCGUAUCAUCAACGAUUUGAAGACCCUCAUAGCUACAUCGCCCCACGAUCCUGCUCAGCUUACUGCGAAGCUUACGUUUCUCGAAACAAAAGCAUCAACCUUGACUCAGCUCAACCAAGAGAUCCAGGCCCUUAUCGACGAAGCAUCUUUGGAAGCAGAAUGCGAGGCCUGCGAUCAGUACUCGGAAUCUAUUAUCACUAUCUCGGUUCAAGUCCGUGAAGCUCUGAACACCGCUCUCGGUAUCACGAGACUGGCAUCCGCUCAGGUCGGCGGUGCUCCACAGCCUUCGUCUGCUACAUCUCAAGGCGUGGGCCCUCCUGCAGACGGCGUCAAAUUGCCGAAGUUGCGGAUUGACUCCUUUUCUGGUGAGCUGUCUCAGUGGCAAGGUUUCUGGGAUCAGUUUCGUGUCAGUAUUCAUGAGAACCCCAGACUUUCUAACGUCAACAAGUUCAAAUAUUUGAUCUCACUCGUCACCGGACCCGCUGCUCGAGCGAUAGAGGGGCUAUCACUCAGGGACGAGAACUACGUUACGGCCGUCGAUAUCCUCAAGGCACGGUUUGGCAAGACUGAGCUUUUGGUGAGCGACCACUUGGAUUCUUUGUUCGACUUGCCUCCUGUGAAGUCUAUUGAUGAUAUCAGAAGUUUGAGAAAGUUCCAUGAAGCCGUUACGGUUCGAAUUCGGAAUCUUCAGAGUCUGGGUGUAUCACGAAGCCAAUAUUCGAUUACCAUUUUCCGGACAAUUCUUCGGAAGAUACCUUCACCACUUGAGUUGGAAUACUACCGUGUGAACAGAACCGACUCUGCAACCGCCUCGGCAGCCACGUCGACGGCCGAUGAUCUGUCAUCACUUUUGGAUUUCCUUGAAAAAGAAAUUGAGUUUCGAGAACGGGUCCGCAGGCCGACAGCUUCGUCUAAGGAGGAGACUGCUGAUCGCCGCAAGACACCCCUUUACCCUUCUGCUGCUUCUUUAGCAGCCAGCGCGACGGCAGCGGUGUGUGUACUCUGCAAGUCUAAGGAGCAUUCGCUAGAAGCUUGUACAGCCCCACUGAGCGCAGCGGACAAGAGGAGCCUAUUGCGUCGGGAAGGACGUUGCUUUCUGUGUGGCAAGCGGUCACAUUUGUCGAAGGAUUGUCGCGUCUGCUACAGACUUCGUUGCCAAAAUUGCAAUAGGCGGCAUCUCACACAGUUGUGUCUGGAGGGCCUUUCAGCUUCGUCGUCCAAUGUCGCUGUUACUCCAGACAUCGUUACGACAUCUCCUGCUCCGUCGUCGAGCGCGGCAGUGGUUCAGGACAUCGUCACGACCAUGUCCUCUGCCCCACAUGCUCCCAAAGUGCAGCCUGAACGGGAAAUUCUUUUGCAAACAGCAAAUGUAUGGGUACAGGGCGAGAAUGGCCAACGACGCCUGGUGCGAGUUCUGCUCGAUGGCGGCAGCCAGCGCAGUUUUAUCCGCAAGGAUAUCUCGGCCAAGAUUGGAUGCACUGCGUUGCGUACUGAGGACUUGCAUAUUCACACCCUUGGAAAUGUCGCUCCCUCCCGUACUACAUACCGUUGCGUACAAGUAGUACUGUGUAGCCAAUUCGCUUCUCCUGACCGGGACCCUGCAGUUACGAUCGAGGCACUUGAAUACGAGCAAAUAUGUUCGAACAAGCUACCAGCCCUUAAAGGGACUGUCGCAUCCGGAACCGUGGUUACGAAUCCAAUACCAAUGUGUUCGGUACACUAG